AUGCGUACUCCACUUGCUCAGAAGCAUGGUCUACAAGAAGCAGCCCGCAAAGCAGUUGAUCCCUCAGCCUACAGAAGCAUUGUAGGAAGCUUGCAGUACCUCACAUUCACAAGACCUGACAUUACUCAUGCUGUUAAUCUUGCAAGUCAAUUCAUGCAGAAUCCAAACAGCAUGCAUCUACAAGCAGUAAAGAGAAUAUUAAGGUAUGUCAAAGGAACCAUCGAUCAUGGACUAAAAGUCAUAUCACAGUCUUCCUUCAGGUUGUAUGCGUUCUCAGAUGCAGACUGGGCAGGAUGUACCAUUACAAGGAGGUCUACUACUGGAUACAGUAUACAUCUUGGUGCAAAUUGUGUCUCCUGGUCAUUAAGGAAGCAAAAUACUGUUGCAAGGUCAAGUGCUGAAGCUGAGUAUAGAGCACUAGCAGCAACUGCAGCUGAACUUACCUGGAUAAGUUAUAUUCUACAAGACAUUGGAAUGUAUAUCAAGACUGCUCCUGUCUUAUUCUGUGACAACUUGAGUGCUCUAUACAUGACUACAAAUCCAGUAAUGCAUGCUAGAACUAAGCAUGUAGAACUAGAUUACCACUUUGUCAGAGAGAAGGUAGCUCAAGGUCUCAGUUUGUAG